GGGGCAGUGGAUCUUCGUCCCGUGGAACGUGUUUGACGCUGCGCUGGUCCUAAUCGGGAUCAUCGACGUGUGGAUCUUGCCAGCGACAGGAAGCGGCGCGAGCAUCCGGUUCCUGACGCUCGUCCGCCUCUUCAAGCUGCUGCGGCUGGGGCGCGUGCUGCGCCUGCUCCGCCUCAUGCGCAAUACCAAGGAGCUCAUCCUGCUGAUCUCCGGCAUCGCCGGCGCGAUGAAAGCCAUGAUCUGGGGCGUGAUCCUACUUGGAAUCAUGAUCUUCAUCAGCGCCCUUCUCGUCACGCGGCUCGUGGGCAAACGGUGCUGCUUCGGGGACGAGGCCUUCACGGGCGGAAUGUUUCACGUCCCCGACGGCCUGGAGGGCGAUGACCGCGCGGCGUACCUGGAAGAGUCCGCGGGCCGCCUGCAGGAGUACGAGGACUACUGGGGCACCAUGCCGAGGUCUAUGUUCACCCUGUUCCAAUUCACCGCGGAGUUCCAGCCUGACAUGGUCCGCAUGACAUGGUACGAUGGCGUCGAGGGCUAUUUCUUCACCUUCUUCCUCAUCGGGUAUGCGCUCUUGUCCAACAUCGUGGUCCUGAACAUCAUCGCCAGCAUCAUCGUCGAGGUGAUCAUGAGCAUAUCGGCGAGCGACCGGGAGGAGGAGAAGGCCCACGAGAAGGAGGAGAUGAUGAAGGACAUAAACGAGAAAGUCGACGGCCUGUUCAAUUCCUUAGACAUCGAUGAGAACAAGAGCCUGAACGUGGAGGAGCUGAUGAACAAGAAGAGCGACAAUGUGCAGAAGGUCUUCAAGAGUGCCGGGCUGGCGCCCUCCGAGGCCACUCAGCUCUUCCAGAUACUCGACAAGGACAAGACCGGCUCCGUCUCGCCCGCCGAGUUCCGGGAGGGCCUCAUCCGGCUGAAGCAGCCCUCGGACCCGAAGGACAUCCUGCGUAUCGAGUACAACUUGGGAGCCGUCGAGACCAAGGUCGACUCGUUCAUCGAGACGCAAACGAAGGUGGUCGAGACGCUCUCGCGCAUCAGCGGCACGAAGGUGGUGUGA